AUGGACGUUGUCAUUGUUGGUAGUUUUAUGACUGAUUUAAUGAGUUAUUGUACUGAUUUUCCUGAACCUGGGGAAACUGUCCAUGGCCACAAAUUUAAGAAAAGCUUUGGGGGCAAAGGAGCUAAUCAGUGUAUUAUGGCCCAGCGCUUGGGGGGCAAAACAGCUAUGAUUGGCAGAGUUGGUGAUGAUGGUUACGGCAUUGAACAUUUGGAACAUUUUAAAAAACAUUCAGUCAACGUAGAUCAUAUUUAUAAAACUGAAAAGGAGCAAACUGGUGUGGCAAAUAUUAUUGUCAAUGACAAAGGGCAAAAUUGUAUUGUUAUUGUAUCUGCUGCCAACUUGAAGCUUAAUGAAAAUGAUCUUAAAGCUGCUGAAGUAGUAAUAAAAUCAGCCAAAGUUUUGGUCACGCAAAUGGAGAUCUUACCUACAACUGCUCUGGCAGCUCUGAAAAUAGCAAAAAAACAUGGAGUGAAAACUAUUCUCAAUGUGGCACCUGUUCCAAAGGCUUUACCUGAUGAAAUAUACAAAUUGGUGGAUUACUUUUGUGUAAAUGAAUUGGAGGCGGCGUCUUUGUGGGGAAAUCCAGUUAAUUCUAUUGAGGAUGCCAACAAGUCUGCAAAAGAAUUCAUCCACCGUGGCUGUUCUAAUGUAAUUCUUACUCUUGGAAAAAUGGGGUCAGUGUUUGUGACUGAAGCUGGUAUAAAUCCCAUUCAUAUUCCUGCACAAGAGGUGAAAGCAGUUGACAGCACAGGUGCUGGUGAUGCCUUUGUUGGGAGUCUGGCUUUUUAUCUGGCAACCAGACCAGACCUACCUGUUCAGGAAAUAAUUCGGCGCUCCAAUGACAUUGCAACUGCCAGUGUUCUUAAACCGGGUACACAAGACAGUUACCCUUACAAAAAAGACCUUUCCCAUGAAUUGUUUGCUUAA